CAAAUAUCAAGUCCUAACAUAUAUCACUACUUCCCUUUCUCUCUCCAACAAUGGCAGCCAUGGCAACCACAACCCUCAAGCUCUCAUUCUUCCAGGGAAGGCCCAUGACUCCGCGCGUCGCAGCCACCAAACCCAUGGCCAGCACCUUCCCACAGGCAACAAUAUCCAUGUCCCUAACACAACCCUCCUACGACCUGCAAUCCUUCAACUUCCAACCCAUCAAGGAGUCCAUCGUCUCCCGCGAAAUGACGCGCCGCUACAUGACGGACAUGAUAACCUACGCCGACACGGACGUGGUGAUCGUGGGGGCGGGCUCCGCCGGCCUCUCCUGCGCCUACGAGCUGAGCAAGAACCCGGCCGUCCGCGUGGCCAUAAUCGAGCAGUCGGUGAGCCCCGGCGGCGGCGCCUGGCUGGGCGGGCAGCUCUUCUCCGCCAUGGUGGUGCGGAAGCCGGCGCACCUCUUCCUGGACGAGCUGGGCGUGGCCUACGACGAGCAAGAGGACUACGUGGUGAUCAAGCACGCGGCGCUCUUCACCUCCACCAUCAUGAGCAGGGUCCUGGCCAGGCCCAACGUGAAGCUCUUCAACGCCGUGGCGGCGGAGGACUUGAUCGUGAAGGAGGGGAGGGUCGCCGGAGUGGUCACGAACUGGGCCCUGGUGUCCUUGAACCACGACACCCAGUCCUGCAUGGACCCCAACGUCAUGGAGGCUAAGGUUGUGGUAAGCUCUUGCGGACACGACGGGCCUUUUGGCGCCACCGGGGUUAAGAGGCUCAAGAGUAUUGGCAUGAUUGAUAGCGUUCCCGGAAUGAAGGCCCUCGAUAUGAACACUGCUGAGGACGCUAUUGUCAGACUCACUAGAGAGAUUGUGCCCGGCAUGAUUGUCACCGGCAUGGAGGUUGCAGAAAUUGAUGGUGCCCCUAGGAUGGGACCCACGUUUGGGGCGAUGAUGAUAUCGGGGCAGAAGGCGGCUCAUUUGGCGUUGAAGGCGUUGGGGAGGAACAAUGCCAUUGAUGGCACGUGUGGAGCUGCAAGGGAAGAACCAGAGCUUAUUUUCGCCUCUGCGGAUACUGAGGAAAUUGUCGACGCUUGAACGUUACUACUAUUAGAUAUAUAGCUUUUCUUUUCUCUGUUUUGCCUUGGCUAUUAUGAUUUGAAUUUUGGAAUGAAUAAACAAAACAAACAUGUGAAUGAUGAAGUGAUCAAGAGACAACACCUGUUGUUAAAUCUUUGUGUUUACAGGAACAAAUGGAACAGGUGCCACCUAUUAAUAUUAGAGGAAAUAAGUUAUCAAGGA